CGCAGGGAGACGCGAUGGCCACUGAGGAGAACCAGCCGCAGGUCGGGCCUGCGGUCUCGACUCGGCACGUUUCCCCUCCGUCUAGUGGGAGCAAACCGAGCAGAGACGCCAAACACGCAAACCCCAGCCAGGAAACAUGGCGAGCCCCCGACCAACUGUGGCAGUCCAGACAGCGCAGCAGCCCGUCCCUUCUCCUCUAUAGGAAGUUGUCUUGUGACAGUGGAAAAGGGACGAUUCUGGAUGAACAGUAUGAAAGUUUGGAUUAUAGCUCGAAGGCCUCGAGCGGUAAAGAGAAACUUAAUCCAGAGCUGCCGACUGGCAGCAGCGCGGAUGGGAUAACUGCCGUACCCAGGAAAAAUUCGGCGGGAUCUGUGUGCCAGCUGGUUGCUGCCGGAGACGGUGUGGAUCCAGGCAGAAGCAACGCUGGCGGCGCCCGCUGCUCCUGCGCCCUGUCUGGCUUUUGCACAAAUCCAAACACCUUCAGCUGCCACAACCCCAGAUCCAGUCCCACUCCCAGCCACCCGUCCAGCCCCUCGUGCCGCAAACGGGGACACAUCCGCCGCGGCAGCCUGCCUGUGUCCAUGCUGACUUUCAUUAAGACGUCGCCUUACUUCUCGUCUGGAGGCGGGCCGGCCAGUGAGCCCAGCUCUUUGGCGUCUUCUCCGUGUAGCUCCCCUCUGACCGACCAGCGCCGGCAUCACGCGAACGGACACAUCCAUCGCCGGCCCCUCAGAGAUGGGUUUUCAAGUUUAGAGAGGCUCAACAGGAAGCCUCGGGUCGACAAAUACUCUCUAGAGAAGCUGUUCUUUCAGCGUCAGUCCUUUGAAACCACGACGGCGGAGCUGAGUCACGGCGAGAGGUCGUCUGGUGGAGCAGGUGGAAACUGCAGGAGCAGCAGCAGCAGCAGCGAUGAGGAGGACGGAGACGCCUUCUCGGAGAACUCUGAGUUCAUUAGGAACCGGAAAGAACGUUCCACUGUCCUGGUCAGGCGGUUCUUCAAGAACAAUCAGAAGGUUACCAAAUCGGUGUGCACCGGGACCAGAGCCAUCGUCAAGACGCUGCCGUCGGGUCACAUCGCCGAGGACGCCCGUGUGGUCGCCGUUCACCACAAACUCUGGCUCCCGAGCAAGCAGGAUAUAUGGCCCGUGCUGAUGUGCAGGGUGGCAGAGGAUUUGAAGAGCUGCAGAGGGAUGCUACGCUUUUGUGGAGUGAAGCUACAGCAGGUUGAUAACUAUGUGCAGGACAGAGCAGAGCUCAGCCUGAUCCAUCCUGCCAAAAAGCUCCUGUUGUCCAGUCCUGGAUGUGUGGGUCUCAGGGAGCCACCCCACUCAUGGUGUGUUGUCAGGUCGGGUCCAGCCAGACCUGAUCUGAGCCCCUGCUGCCACCACCAUCCUUCAGAUCCACCCAGGUUUUAUCGAGUGUGUGGCCAGAGGACAUCGGUUUGUUCCCUGCUAACCGGAGCGCUACUCGAGGCCACGACUGCCCUGGGAGCCCGCUCCGCUCUGCCCUUCCCUUUGCCUCAGUGCCCCAACGGCCACGGCGUGCUGAAAGAGCGUCAGCUGGCCAACAGCAUGUCCAGCAGCAGCACUCUCCCCCCGAGUGUCAGCGGGAUAAGUAAGGAGCUGGCAGAGCUGCGUCACCUCGUCCAGUUCCCCGAAGAGAUCGCCUGUAUCCUGACUGAGCAAGAGCAGCAGCUUUAUCAGCAGGUCUUCCCCCUGGACUACCUCUGCUUCCUCACCCGCGACCUGGGCAGUCCUGAGUGUCAAACUAAGCGCCACCCGAACCUCAAGGCGUCCCUGUCAGCCCCCGCCAUGUCGACGCAGAGUGCCCAGCGAAGCAACGCCGUGGAAGACCUGGUGGCCCGAUUCAACGAGGUGAGCUCGUGGGUGACGUGGCUGGUCCUGACUGCAGGCUCCAUGGAGGAGAAGAGAGAAGUUUUCUCCUAUCUGGUCCAUGUCGCUAAAUGCUGUUGGAACAUGGGGAACUAUAACAGCGUCAUGGAGUUCCUGGCUGGACUCAGGUCCCGCAAAGUGCUGAAAAUGUGGCAGUUCAUGGACCAGUCCGACAUUGAGACCAUGAGAAGUUUAAAGGACGCCAUGGCUCAGCACGAGUCGUCUGCCGAGUAUAAAAAAGUUGUGACCAGAGCUCUGAAUAUUCCUGGAUGCAAGGUGGUGCCAUUCUGUGGAGUUUUUCUGAAGGAGCUAAGUGAAGCACUGGACGGCACUGCAAGUAUCAUGAGCCUCAAACCUUCUUCAGAUAACACAGAGGAUUCAAUAGAGUUUGUAUCUGACUACAGUGGCCAGCACAAUUUCUUGUCCCGGUCUGGCUCUGAUGGGCUCCACAUCCCGGAGAAAGAAGCCACAGUUAGCAACAUCCUCCAGAUUAUCAGGUCUUGUAAUCGCAGUUUGGAGACGGAGGAUCCAGACGAUGCUUCCACCAGUCCGUCUUCUACUGGCCCGUCACCCGCAUCCAGAAACAACUCCUUCAGGGAUCGCUGCCACAAUCAAUUCACGGUUGGCGACUUGUCGGAUUCGGAGGGCGACUUGUCAUCUUGUGAAUUUAUUGUGAAAGAGGCCGAUUUUCAGGGCACCGAGGAGACGCACAGAGCCUUUAACCACGGCACCGAGCUCAUUCCCUGGUAUGUGUUGUCACUACAGCCAGAUGUUCACCAGUUCCUGCUGCAAGGGGCUACAGUCAUCCAUUACGAGCAAGACAGCCACCUCACAGCUCGCUGUCUGCUGCGACUGCAGCCUGAUAACACCACCCUCACCUGGGGUAAGCCUCAGAGCGGAGGGGCCUCCCCACCAGAACAGCCUCUGGGUUUAGGACAGACUGUCGCAGCAGGACUGGCUGAAGGCCUGUUGGACAUCGGAGUCGUGAAGGCAGUUUUUCUGGGUCAUCAGGGAGUCGAUGUCCAUGCUGUGUGUUUGCAAAACAAGCUGAGCCAGAUGACGGUGGAGGAGAAUGCUCUCACCCUGCUCUACGGGCUGAGCACCACUGACAACAGACUCCUGCACUUUGUGGCCCCCAAUCACACUGCACAGAUGCUCCAUAAGGGCUUAUCAGAGUUGGUGAAUGCAACCAGGAAGCUGAAGAAGUUUCCCGAUCAAAGGCUGCAGUGGCUGAGGAAGCAGUAUGUCAGUCUGUAUCAGGAGGAUAACAGGUACGAGGGCCCGACGCUCGCUCAGGCCAUCGAGCUUUUCGGCGGGCGUCGGUGGAACAUGGGCACCGGCGGGGUGGAGAAACCAGGGACCCAGAAGAACAGCCCCCUGGGCAUCAAUGAGAAGUCCAAGAAGAAGAAGAAGGUCCUCGUCAGGGGAGACAGUGGGGACGCCACAGAUGACGAGAUGGUUUCCAGGAAAACACGCAGCUGCAAGGAGGGACUGUAUCGAAACGGGCCAGAGGGCGACAGCAUGGACCAAGAGGAUCCAGAAGAUAACUUUCCUGGACCCUUCUCACUCUCAUCCAACAAGAACUCUGGAUUGCUGGCCUCUUCCUCUUCCUCCUCCUCUUCCUCCAGCAUGGCCGGGUCCAACCACUCCCGGCCACAGUCCUCGCCGGUCCUCUCGGGCAUAGCCAAGUCACAGCCGGGGGCUUGGAGCAGCAGGUCGUGGCACGGUCGAGGUAAAGGCUGCUUUAAGGGCUUCCAGAAUCUCAUGAUCUCCGACAGCACCAUGAGCUUCAUCGAAUUUGUUGAGCUGUUCAAAUCAUUCAGUAUUCGAAGUAGGAAGGACCUGAAGGAGCUGUUCGACACCUUUGCCGUCCCCUGCAGUCGCUCAAGUCAAGAAUCAGCCCCUCUCUAUACAAACCUCAGGAUAGAUGACAAAGACACGGGGCUCCAGCCAGAGCUGGACUUACUGACUCGCAAUGGCUCGGAUCUCGGCCUGUUCAUCCGGACCCGGCAGCAAAUGUCUGACAACCAGAAGCAGAUCUCGGACGCCAUCGCGGCCGCCAGCAUCGUGACCAAUGGGACCGGGGUGGAGAACGCGUCGCUGGGCGUCCUGGGAUUGGCAAUUCCUCAGCUCAAUGACUUCCUAGUCAACUGUCAGAGAGAGCACCUGAGCUAUGAUGAGAUUCUCAGCAUUAUCCAGAAAUUUGAGCCUUCAGCAACCAUGAGACAAAUGGGCUGGAUGUCAUUUGAAGGUUUUGCGAGGUUCUUGAUGGACAAAGAUAACUUUGCGUCUCACAACGACGAGUCCCAGAUUAAUACGGAGGAGCUGCAGUACCCGCUGACCUACUACUACAUCGAGUCGUCUCACAACACCUACCUGACAGGGCACCAGCUCAAAGGAGAGUCCUCCGUUGAGCUUUACAGUCAGGUGCUGCUGCAAGGCUGUAGGAGUGUGGAGUUGGACUGCUGGGAUGGAGAUGAUGGGAUGCCAGUCAUUUACCACGGACACACACUCACCACUAAGAUACCCUUCAAGGAUGUGGUCGAAGCCGUUAACCGGUCUGCGUUCGUCAACUCGGACAUGCCGGUCAUCCUGUCCAUAGAGAACCACUGCUCUCUGCCCCAGCAGCGCAAGAUGGCCGAAAUCUUUAAGACGGUGUUCGGCGAGCGCCUGGUGACGCGCUUCCUCUUUGAAAGCGACUUCAGCGACGACCCUCACCUGCCGUCGCCGCUGCAGCUGCGUGGGAGGAUCCUCCUCAAGAACAAGAAGCUGAAAGCCCAUCAAGCACCUGUGGACUUACUGAAACAGAAGGCCCACCAGCUGGCUCACAUGCAAGCCCAGGCAAGCAACGGCUCACCGGGCGGCACCUCGCCCAGCAACCACACCAACGAAGAGGAGGAGGAGGAGGAGGACGAUUACGACUACGACUACGAGUCCCUGUCGGAUGAUAACCUGCUGGAUGACAAACCCGAGGGAAAGAGCCCCGCAGACAAAGAAGAGCAACCUGUCGAUGAGAUCCCCAAGAGGAUGAAAAAGGCCGACAGCACCGUGCAGAGCAAAGGAAAGGUGUUUGACAUGGAGCUGGGCGAAGAGUUUUACCUUCCUCAGAACAAGAAGGAGAGUCGGCAGAUUGCCCAGGAGCUCUCUGACCUUGUCAUCUACUGCCAGGCUGUGAAAUUCCCCGGCCUGUCCACGCUGUCUCCGGCCGGCUCCAGCAGGGGGAAGGACCGAGGAAAGAGCAGGAAGUCUAUAUUCGGUACGGCUCCCUCUCGGUGCAGCGCUACGGGGGAGGUCACUACCCAGAACCGCACUCCUGGUAAAGGUAGUUCUGAGCGGCUGAGCUGGGAAGAGCAGCAAACGUCUCCGACCCUCAACCCCCCCACCUCCCUCAGCGCCAUCAUCCGCACGCCCAAGUGCUACCACAUCUCCUCCGUCAACGAGAACGCCGCCAAGCGCCUGUGCCGCCGCUACUCCCAGAAGCUCAUCCAGCACACGGCCAGCCAGCUGCUCCGGACGUACCCGGCCGCCACCCGGAUCGACUCCACCAACCCCAACCCGCUGCUCUUCUGGCUGCACGGCAUCCAGCUGGUGGCGCUCAACUACCAGACUGACGAUCUGCCCAUGCAGUUAAACACGGCGUUGUUCGAGGCCAACGGCGGCUGCGGCUACGUCCUGAAGCCGGCGGUGCUGUGGGACCGGAGCUGCCCGCUCUACCAGCAGUUCUGUCCGAUGGAGAGGGACGUGGAGAAGAUGAGCCCCGCCGUCUAUUCCCUCACGAUCGUGUCCGGGCAGAACGUGUGUCCCGGGAACACCGCCGGCAGCCCCUGCGUGGAGGUGGACGUCCUCGGCAUGCCGGUGGACAGCUGCCACUUCCGCACCAAGCCCAUCCACCGCAACACCCUCAACCCCAUGUGGAGCGAGCACUUCCAGUUCACCGUGCACUUCGAGGACAUGUGCUUCCUGCGGUUCGCCGUGGUGGAGAACAACAGCUCCCAGACCACGGCGCAGAGGACGCUGCCGCUGAAAGCCCUCAAAGCAGGUUACAGACACGUUCAGCUGAGGACGCAGCACAACGAGCCGCUGGAAGUGUCCAGCUUGUUCAUCUGCAGCCACAGGACGGAGGAGGGGCCCGCAGGGGGCGCCACCCCCUCCACUUUGCUGUUCAGCUCCGAGGAGAAACACGCGUCCCAGCAGCACAGGGUGACCGUGCACGGAGCUCCCGGUCCCGAGCCCUUCGCCGUUUUCUGUGUCACGGAGCAGACCACUGCCAAACAGCUGCUGGACAUGAUCGUGACAGUGAACCCAUGUGAGCACUUCCUGUGUGAGGAGCGAGUUCCCCUGCUGAAGGAGCGCAGCGAGGUGAAGCGCUGCGCCCAGUACCGCUCGUUGGCCCCCGAGGAGGAGGUGGUCCGGCUCAUUUACAGCUGGAGCGCCGAGGAGGGCUACGUGGGGAGGAUCUGCCUGAAACCCAGAGAGGAGAACUUGAAUGAGAAGAACACGGUGCUGGAAGGAGAGGAGGAAGUGACUGUGGGAUGCGGAGAAGGAGCAGGGGGAGGCGGCGGCGGCGGCGGCGGCGGAGGAGCAGGGGGAGGAGGAGGAGGAGGAGGAGGGGCAGAGGAGGACAUGUUCUUCGUCCAGGUCCACGAAGUCUCACCUGAACAGCCUCACACUGUGAUCAAGGCGCCGCGCUACAGCACUGCUCAGGACAUCAUCCAGCAGACACUGACGAAAGCAAAGUAUUCCUACAGCAUCCUAUCAAAUCCCAACCCGUGUGACUACGUCUUGAUGGAAGAGGUGGCCAAUAACGCCGGCUCGAAGAAAUCCUCCGGUGCCAAGGCCCUCCAGCGGGCGCUGCUGGACCAGGAGUGCGUCUAUCAGGCUCAGAGCCGCUGGCGGGGAGCCGGGAAGUUCAUUCUGAAACUCAAGGAGCAGGUGGUUCGGGAAGACAAAAAGAAGGUAAUUUCCUUUGCCAGUGAGCUGAAGAAGCUGACCAGUCGCAGCCGCAGCAUGACGACUGGCGGCGGCGGCGGCGGCGGCGUGGACGGCCCCGCCCAGAGUAAGGACGAUCGAGCUGCAUGCUGUGUGGCUCUGACAGAGCUCCAGGAGUGAGGCUCACACUCUGCGUGCUGUCUGUGCAUGGAAAGGCAUCAGAGGGUAUCUGUCUGCAGCUGCAGGUCUGAAGGCGUGGGUGGCAGAGGGCAGGGUGGGGGCAGGGAGGCUCCUGCAAGCCGCCUCCUCUUCCUCGUCCCCCUCCUCCUCCUCCUCCUCCUCCUCCGCCUGUCAGGGUCAGGUCCAGCCGCUCCACCUCCCCACCUCCUCUCUCUCCCCCGCAGCCUGGAAGCUUCAUCUCCUCAGGAACUGGAAGAUCCACAAAUGAGAUCCGGAGCGGGGAAGAGCCUCGCGCCUCGACUACUUGUAAAUCUUGCGGAGGACUUCCAUCUUCCCCGAGGGGGUCUUAUGGAGGGACGUGCUCCGCUGAACGUCCCGCCCCGCGUGAUUUGAGGGGACGGGAUUCAAUCGAAGCCCCGUCAGCGGGUGAGGUGAGAGAUGUGGAGCCCGUUUCCUCAGGAGAUUGGAAAGUCGGCCCAGGGCGGUGAUGAGCGGCUCCGGCUGUGGCUGCCGCGGAGCGUCCAGCGCCCCGGGUCUGGGACUUAUUAGAGUAGCAAAGUAGAACUGGGGGGGGGGGGAAAGAAAACUCACUUCCCCGAGUCAUGUUCUUUUGAUGUGCCAGUUUUUAUUUCUUGUCUAAAAAAAAGUGCAAAGAAAAAUAGGCAGGCUGCUUAAUGUUCUUUAUAUUAGAGGAAUGUGAGAAGCACAGCUGUGUGUUACUUCUCGUUACGCUGAAGGAAAACUGAACAGCCCCUCCAGAAAAUCAUGACCUUGCAACUUUUAAUGCGAUUUUUUU